UCUGAUAAAAAAGAGAAAACUGCUGGUUUCCAACCACACGCUCAGCAGAAGAACUUCGAACUACUGAUGUGAAAGAGGCUUGGGCUCAGGUCUGUACUGAUAGGGUGGGGAUACCUUUGUUCUGGAAACCUCAGCUUCUCCGUUUGAGACUUCAAGGGGGAAAUGUCUGUUUAUGGCAGGUUGGAGGAUUCCUAACAUGGAGGAAAUCAGAGUUAGAAGGGGAGAAGAGGUAGUUGGUAGUUGAGUGGGAAUCUCUAGUGAGUGAGGGCUGGGUUCUUGAAGACCACCACUCUGAGAUGGUGGUAAUACCUAACAGUGAAUUUGCUAUGUGGCAGGUGCUGCUCUAAGGGGUUUACUUUUCUAAGUAGCUUCCGUCCUUAUUUCUUUCCUUCCUUCCUUCCUUCCUUCCUUCCCUCCCUCCUCCCCUUCCCUCCCUCCUUCCCUUCCUCCCUCCGUUCCUUCCUUCUUUGAGACAGGAUCUUGCCAUUUUGCUCAGGCUGGUCUCCAACUCCUGGGCUCAAGCAAUCCUCUCACUGCUACUUCUGAGUAACAGGCCUAGUCAACCACCAUGAACUGGCCAGCUCUAAUUGCUUCUAAUAACAAUAUUCUCCACAGUAGGUGUAUGUGACAGGCGCUAUUAUUAUCCCAUUUUAGAGAUGGAAAAGGGACGGUGGGUACCAGAGGACAUAGAGGUCAGAUAUGAAUCUGUGCAGUCUAGAUCCAGAGUUCUCCUUAGCCAUCUUGAGGUCUUGUGAACCUCUUUGAUAAUGGAACAGGAGUUGGCCUUGGGGCUUGGGUGGUUGUUAGGUUCCCAGCUUCCAAAGAGGUCUGGGAAUCCCUUGCCGGUACAUCUACUGCUUCUUUCUUCCCCUGGGCUUCCUGGAAAGUGUGGCGGAGGUGCUGUGGUCGGAAGUUUUGUGGUCACAGCCCUCGGUCCACAGGCCCUGCCCAGAUGGGGACCGGAUGCUUCCUCCAUACCGCCUUGCUGCUUAUGGCGCAGGCCUUACCACAGCUGGAAGCCUCCCAGUACUGUGGUCACCUGGAGUACUGGAAUCCGGACAACAAGUGUUGCAGCAGCUGCCUACAGCGCUUCGGGCCACCUCCCUGCCCAGACCACGAGUUCGUGGAAAACUGUGGGCUCAACGACUUCGGCGAUCUCUUAACGCACCCGUUUAGAAAGUGCCCUCCUGGGCAGUGCAACCCCGACGGCGCGGAGCAAUGUAGUCCCUGCAGCAGUGGAGUCGCAGCCUCCACUCCCAUGGGAAACGGUGGCAGAACCCUACAACGUUGUAAAGAGGUGCCGAAGCCCAUCCCUCCUAAGGGAUUCUGCCCUCUGCCAUCUGAAGAAACAAGAGCCCCUAUUUCACCAGUGAGUUCCAGUCUCUCAUGGACAACUAAGAGCACCAGCACUCAGCCAAGUUUUGUUCUGAUCUCGGUGCUCAUCUUGGUUUUGGUCCUACUCCUGAUCUCUGCAGUGAUCCUCCUGCUCCCCCUACAAAGGCACUGCUGUCGUCACAAGGGAAAAACCAUUUCCCUUCCCUCUUCUGGCUUGGUUUGUGGAGACCCCAACACCUACACCCUCCCCUCCUUGCACUCACCUUCCCCAGGUGCCCUGGAGGCAUUGGAGACAAGGACCACAGAGAAGGUCUAUCUGCCUCCACUCCUAGGCAAAGAUCUGCCAGGUCUGGAAUCACAGCCCCUGUCUCGCCUCCUGGAUGAGCUGGAGGUGCUGGAGGAGCUGAUCGUGCUGUUGGAUCCUGAGCCUGGGCCUGUUGGGUGUAUGGCCUAUGGUACCACUCGACACCUGGCUGCAAGAUACGGGCUCCCUGCUACGUGGUCCACCUUUGCCUAUUCACUGCGGCCCAGUCGCUCACCACUGCGGGCCCUGAUCGAGAUGGUGGUAGCAAGGGAGCCAUCUGCCUCUCUGGGCCAGCUAGGUGCACACCUGGCGCACCUAGGAAGGGCAGAUGCACUGCGGGUGCUGUCCAAGCUUGGCUGAUUUGGGGUGUGCCAGGCCUACUGCUCAGAAAGUUUCCCUUGAAGUCAACACCUGCUGUCUGUUCCUCAUCAAGGGGCCUUCUUCAAGUAUAAUCCUAAUUGGGUCAAGAAGAACCAACACACCGCAGCCUCCUCCCCACAGAAGGGCCCAGGCUAACAUGCACAAAAGGUCACGUGGGAGAGCUGACCUCAGUGCUGCUUCUGAGCAGUCCUGCUGCCCCUCAGACAGCUCAUCCACAGGCAUUCAGCACUCUACAUUAGAAAAUGUGAGGCUACUUCUUGCUUUAAAGCCUUCACAGACCGCACAAUUUACUUCUAACUCUGACAUGGCCUCUCACGUCCUGUUGAGUCUGAUGCACUUCUUUGGUUCAGGAUGGGUUGGGGUGUGGAGAAGCAAGAGCUCCUACCUGCCCCCAACACCACACAUAUGGGAAGACCACCUCUCCAAACAUUGACAGACUUUAUUGUGGGGGGUUCCCACCUGGGACCCCACCCUCUUAAAUAAAAAAGUGCAUAGAAAAGAAGGGAUUUAGAAACCUUUGUACAAUAUCUACAUCCUGGGCCCCCAGGGCAGGAAGGGGGCAAUUGCUGGAGGGGUACAGGCAGGCCUCUUGCCACCUGCAUGCCCACAUCCACCCUGAACAGGGGGGUGGGAAUGAGAUGCUGAGGGACUAGGGAUCCCUCAGGCUAGGGGCAAGAUGGCAACAGGGGUUGUAAGGAGUCAUGGCGGACAGCCACGGCCUCAGUUAAGGAACCGACGGCAGCGCUUGGCGCCACAGUUGCAGGGCAGCUUGUUGCUGGCAUCCUCAAUGGGGAACUUGUAGUCAUAGGUGAGUUCCUCACCACGCAGGAUGCGGCGCAGGGCAAAGAUGACGAUGUGCUUCUGGCCCUCCACAUGGAUGACACGAGAGAAGCAGUUGGGCUCACAUGAAUGGUUGAUGAAGCGGGCGGCAUUGCCAUGCAUUGUGGCAUCCACCACAUCAAAGUCAU